UCCCACUAUUACUACCCAUAGUUUUUAGUGUUCUUAAGACAGAUGAAUAUGCCUGGCAUAAAAUACUUUUGAUGCCAUAUGUUGAUAAGGAAUAAUGAAUCAGCUGAUCAACAGCUAUGACUUAUCAAUAAUUGUCACAUCAUAUCAAAUAUACAUAUGAGAUAUUGCUGCCAUUUGGGAAAAAUCAGAAAUGCGAAAAAAAAGGUACAAAAAAUCUACUCAGCAAAACCUCAGGCCUUAUCCUCUUCACAUUUUUUAUUCCAUUUUUAGGCCAAAAGUAAAAUGUAGACCGAGAGAUAAGUGUGAUUGGACCAAUCCAAGGAAAAAUCAUAUGCGGCAAUCCUCCGCUGAAAACCAUAAAAAUAGCAGCACCAUUUGGAAUAUUUAGAUCCCUUUUCUUGAUUCCUUCCUCUCUUUCUUCUACCUUCUUCAAGCUCUAUCAAUGGCUUGCUUUGCUCAAUUACUGUUUUUCUCUGUACUAAUCACUUUCAUUGCAAUUUCUGAUGCCCAAGAAGGACCCUUUUUGCCCGACUCUGUAGUUCUUCCCGUGAGAAAAGAUGUCUCAACAAAUCAGUAUGUGGCAAAAAUCUUCAUGGGAAAUGAAGAACUUGUACCAACCAAACUUGUUGUAGAUCUGGCUGGUUCAUUUUCUUGGAUGAGUUCUUCUACUUCUUCUUCACCCUCACCUAAGAAGCCCUUUAGUUGUUGCUCAUUGCAGUGUUCAAUGGCAAAGUCUAGUAGCUGCGCAGACAACGAAAGUUGUACUCUUCAAGCGGAAAAUCCCAUCACAAAAAUGGUGAAAUUUGGUGAAUUGACAGAAGAUAUGGUGUCUGUACAUGUGAAUGAUGGGAUAAAGAUUGGUUCUUUGGCCUUAAUUCCUCACUUCCUGAUGUCAUCUGCUCCUGCGUUACUUCUCAGAGGCUUAGGAAAUGGUGUAAAAGGUAUGUUAGGCCUUGGAAAUUCAAGAAUUUCUCUGCCUUCUCAGGUUGCUGAAACAUUUGGUUUUCAGAGGAAAUUUUCUAUGUGUCUGUCUUCAUCAAAUGGUGUUGUUGUCAUAGGGGAAAGUACUUAUCUUUCACCUCCUAAUUCUGAUGUAGCAAAGUCACUGAUGUACACUCCCCUGGUUGUCAGUGAAAGUAAGAAGCCGAAUGGUUACCACUUUCAGGUGAAAUCCAUCAGAAUUAAUGGAAAGAAAUUGGCUAUAAAGGAAGAUUUACUGGUGAGAGCAACACAAAUCAGUACUACUGUUCCCUAUAGCACAAUGGAAAGCACUCUGUACUCUGCAUUUACAGAGGCCUAUGUCAGUUCUGCUAUUGCUAUGAACAUGAACAUGGUGUCCCCUGUUGCACCAUUUGAGUUCUGUUUUGGUUCAGAAUGGUUAGAAACAAAAAGGGUUGGUCCAAAUGUGCCAGUUGUUGAUCUUGUUUUGCAAAGUGAAAUGGUGAAGUGGAGAAUUCAUGGAAGGGAUUCAAUGGUUUUUGUAAGUGAUAAAGUUAUGUGCUUGGGAUUCUUGGAUGGAGGAUUGAACCCAAAGGCUUCAAUUGUACUUGGAGGCUAUCAAUUGGAGGACAAACUUUUGGAGUUCAAUCUUGCAACUUCCAUGCUUGGAUUUUCAUCAUCUUCUUUGUCUAAUGUUGAAAACAGAAGUUGCUCUGACUUCAAUGUGCUUAAAAUUCCCCAGAAGGCAAAUUCUUGAUUUGUAGUUUAGUUGUAUUUUUGUAGAAUUAUUAGGUAUGCUAAAGGAAAACUUUGGCCACUGUAGAGCUUUUUAGGCCAACUGAUGAGUGAGAGUAAUGUUUUUAUUCCUCCUUUCUAAUGUUAUACCCAAAUUCAAACAUCCUGUUCUGACUUCUGACUUUCAAUUUUCCUUAUCAGCAAUAAUGGUUUUGCGCGUUUGGAUGUAGGUUUAUGUCAAUUUGUCAAACCUUGUUAUCUUAAUGAUUGUUCAUUUAUCUUGUGGAA